GCAGAUUUUAGUCGCAUUGCCGCGUUUGACUCGUGCGGUUCGUUUUUGUUGGAACGCCAUCUUGUACUAAGCAAAACGUGCGCUCACAAUCUUAUUUCGUUUUUCAUUUUAUGGUUUAUUUUUCUUGUGACCGAAUUUUUAAUUCAAAUUAAAAUAUAUGUGUUUAAUUAUACAUUUCCGAUGGAUACUUAAAGUCAAAAUUGAUAGUGUUUUUGUUUUUUUGUUCAAAAAAGUCUUGGAAAGGUGACCUAAGAAAUGACGUUUAACAUUCACUGUUGACAUUGAAUUUCAGUAUAUUAAACAUGUCCAGGAGAAAACAGAGUAAUCCAAAACCAUUAAAACCUGGAGAAGACAAUGAAUGGACUAAUGAAGAGGUCGCUAAUGGUCCAGUGGUAGAUGAAGAUAAUGGUGGUAACGAAAAAAUGCACGUGGAUAUCGCCGACCCCAAACCGGCUAGUCCACCGGCGAAGUCACCUCCUGUAGCCGACUAUCCUAAGUUGAGGCUCAACCCAAAUUUGGCUACUGAUCCUGCUAGGCGAUCGCCACCCGAAGAAUCAUCACCUCCAUCACUCCCCAUUGAAUCAACUCCUAUAAAUCAAAAUAGUAAUGUAGUUAUCAGCGCUCCUAGAGCUGUACAAAUAUUCAUAUGCAAUCCUUGUGGUAUACGGUUCAGUUCUUUAAGUACAUUGGAUGCUCAUCAAACGUAUUACUGUUCGCGAAGGAUAAAAAAAGAUUCAGAAUCGGAUGAUACUAAAACACCCAUAGUGAUUGUGGAAACUGGAGAAGAGGUGCUUUCCAUGCAAAUUAAUGAAUCAGACAGUCGAUCGCCGUCUGCUGAACCAUCCGCCAAGUCUAUAAGAACUGGAAAGCAGUACAAGUGUCCACACUGUUCGUACAGCGCUGACAAAAAGGUUAGUUUGAAUAGACACAUGCGUAUGCACUCUACAUCUCCUGUAACAGUGCAAUCGCCUCCGUGUACGGUAUCGGCGACUGGUACAGACUCUGCGAUGCCACCUCUAUCAAUGACGACCGCGACGACACUCGCAGAAAAUUCAUCGCUAGUUGAUCGAUACUGUCAAAACUGUGAUAUACGCUUCUCUAACCUACGAACGUACCAAGCUCACAAAACGCACUACUGUAAUACCAGGCACGUGGUGAAGCCCACGCCGUCCAUCUCUCCCACAGACGAACGAUCACCACCGUCCAUAGUGCAUCAAAACAUCGCCGUUCCACCACCUCCGCCACCCGCUUACCUAGCACUGCCUACCAACCCUGUCAUCGUAGUUCCUUACGCGCUCGUUCAGAACGCGAGCGUUCUGUCGGCCGUGUCACCGGAAGCUGGUAACGCGCCGCCCGCGGACACGGCAUGUAUCGUUUUGUCGGAUGGCACGCUGCAGCCCAUUGCCCAGGCUUUGGUAUCUGCUGAAUUCAAUCUCAUGAGAGGUACAGAAUUACCAUUGAGACAGAACCGUACAGACUCAGAAUCACCAACCGAUUAUUAUUCACCGCCUAAAAAAAUGAUGACGAAUAAUAUCAAUAAUAACUAUAACAAUAGUAACGGAUGUGCGACGACUGUUGUGGGUAUUCGAGAAACCAAGCCAUCUGUAGUUCGACCGUCUUCGCCUUUGGACUUACGAUUAAGACCCGUAUCAGUUGGCGGUGGAAGUAAGUCUUCAUCACAAGAUGACGGUGAAGAAGAAAAAGAAAACCGACGUAGUAACGGCAACGUCACUGAUGCUGAGCACAUCGUGUGUGCACCGUCCAUACCUUGCAUGAUCAUGUCACCUUCGUCGCCACUUUCAGACGACAAACACUUGUUGCAGCAACGUUCCCAUGGAUACGGCAGUAGUGAACGACUCAAUGGUGUAAUAUUGAACCAUAAAGCACGAUCAAACGACUCGAUUAACGUGGGGGCCAUUGAACGAAUUAACGGCUGCAAGUUUAGCGUUUCAAACUUAUUACACGCUCCCGACCAGAAACCGGAUGCCCGUCUGCGGUCGUCGCCAAAUGAAGACAACGCCGCGACAACAGUAGUCGAGAAUGAAGACGGUCAACCGGCAUCGGGCCGACACGCGGCCCGUCGACAGCCUUACGUCUCCACACAGCAACCUCCACAACAGCUUUUCGUGCAACGCGGAAGCAACGAAUUACAUGUCAAUCCGGCUGCCGUCGUUCUACCAUACUUUCCACCAGAGAUCACCCUCCGACUGGCCGCCGACAUGUCUGUGCGAUUGGCAAACGUGGCCAACCCACCGGAGGCCGGUUUACCAACUGCUCCACCUCCUCAAUUCUUUUUGAAACAAGGUCCAUCCAAAUGUGAAAGUUGUAAUAUAGUUUUUUGCAAGUAUGAAAACUUCUUGGCGCACAAAAGACAUUAUUGUGCGAGUCGUCCCCUACAAUCGCCGUCUACCAUAGCGACUGGUGAAUCCGACGACCAGUUCAGUAACGCAGAACCCAAAACUAGCCCUGAAGGCUCACCGGGUCCAAAAUCUGUGACUGUUGCUGCAGGUUCACCGCCAUCGUCUAAAGACGGCCGUGGCGUUAGUCCCGCUUUGGUGGUCCCGCACAAGCCACCGAUCAUUCAGUUCAUAUGUUCUACGUGUGGCGUCAGGUUUUCGUCGUUUGAUAACCUAACUACUCAUCAAACAUUCUAUUGUCCUAACCGCAUAGCUGCUGUUGUACCAGAACAGGAGAGACCGAGCAAGUGCACUAAAUGCAAAAUGACUAUAGAACCGAAUACUCAACAUCAAUGUCAGACAAAUUGUUGGAAGUGUCCUGUGUGUGGUGUUGUAUGCCCCAGCGCUUCAGCAGCCCAAAAACAUUUAGACAACCAUAACGGCAUCAGAGCGUUCGUUUGUACUAUUUGUCAGUAUAAAGGCAACACGUUAAGAGGUCUCCGUACUCACAUUAGAAUGCAUUUUAAUAAACGUCUAAUAUCAGAAUUAACGGAAGAGGACUACGUGACAUGUUUGAUCGACGAGAAUUCUGUGGACAACAACGGGAAGUUACCGACAGCCUGCAAAACAUCGCCCGUGGUUACAGAUGACGCCCCCGCAGAGAGGCCGACGGUGAUAGGAGUCAGUACGUCAGCCGUAAACCGGUACGAAAACAUUGAAGAAAAUAGUAGCGCGGAGGAGAAACCGUCGGUGGACGGUAUGAUCAUCGUCAAGCAAGAACCGAACGGCAACGCGUUGGACAGGAGUGUGGACAGCUACGGACAAGAUUCUGCUGUGGUGGCCGGAGAGACGUCGGCCAACGGCUGCCGCGACCGAGACGACGAAACCGCCGACAACAACGGGGCAAAAUAUUGCAAAGUGUGCGACAUAUCUUUUAACUAUUUGUCCACGUUUCUGGCGCAUAAAAAGUACUACUGCCGCAAUAGUUCGGCCGAACAUAAAUCGUGUGCCGGGACCGAAAAUAGCGCCGCCAAAACAGCGACAGUCAAUUAGCUGACUAACGGUUUUCUUUUAAUUGCCAUGUGCGAACACACACUACUGUAGUCUUAAACUAAAAAUCUUUUGCUUUGUAAAUUGUUAAAAAUCUUUGUUUUUUAUUUAAGAUAUUAUGUUUGUCGAACCCUUCGAAAACCCGUUAAUAAUUAUAUUAUGAAUUCGACGGAGAAUGAAUAUAUUGUGUUUAUUUCAAGUACGUUGUUUGUUAAUUGUUUGUUUUUUGUUUCAUUAUUUAUUAUAGCCAUUAUAAAAUUAUUUUAUUUUUAUUAUAAAUUAUUAUUAUUAUUAUCAAUGGUUCUAGUAUAAAGGAUGAUAAUUGUUUUUUUUUUUUGUUAAAAACUCAAGUGUUUACACUGUAUACGUGUAUUAUUUUUACAUUAAUAUUAUGUAUUUAGUAAUGUUUAAACAGAGAGAAACCGUAUGAUAUUCUUUCUUUUGUACAACGAUAUGUAAUCGAUAUACAUAGCGCUUUAUUUAAAUAAUUUAAUACUCAAUAUGAAUUACGAUAUUAUAUAGAUGUAUAUUAUAAAAUAAAUAUGUAAAGGGUUUCAAGAGUUACGUGUCCCGAAAACGAUGGCCAUAAAAAAUAAUUAUUCAUUCUCUAUCGUUCUCGUUACACUAACUUGCAAAAAUUCUGUAUUUAUGUAUGUAUUAUUAUACAUAUUAUGUGUAUAUUAUUCAAGGAAAAAAACGAAAAUUUCAAAUGUUUUUACUAGACUGUUGAAUGAUUUAUAUUAUAAAUAAUAAAAUAGACCUACUUAUUAUUAAAA